AAAAAGAACACACGUUUCGACCUUUUUUUUCUUUCUUUGUUUGGGGAGAGAAAAAGAAAGCUCGCAUUUUUCUCAUGAACUGUGGAGUCGUGUUGCGUUUCUAUUGCUGGGGUUGGGAGUUCUUAACUGACCUUCUUCUCUUCUCCACCCCCUCCUCCUCAGAUUAGUCUCUCUCUCCCCUAUCUAAAACCUACACCUUAGAUUAGUUUCAAAUUGAAAUUUAUAACUUCUUGCAAUUUUAACAGACAGCUAGUAUAUAUAUAUAUAGAUAUUAAUAUUCUUGAUGAUGAUGAUGAUGGAGGGUGGAGAAUCUGUGUGUGAAAAGGGUUUGGCGGAGUAUGAGAUGAUGAGGAAGUCAUCACCACCACCAUUCUUGAUGAAAACCUACAUGUUGGUGGAGGAGCCGACUACGGACCAAGUGAUAUCGUGGAACGCCGAUGGCACGGGUUUCGUGGUGUGGCAGCCGGCGGACUUCGCCAGAGAUUUACUCCCAACUCUCUUCAAGCACAGCAACUUCUCUAGCUUUGUCAGGCAGCUCAACACUUAUGGGUUUCGAAAGGUGACAACAAGCCGGUGGGAGUUUUGUAACGAUAUGUUUCGCAAGGGCGAAAGAAACCUACUAUGUGAAAUUCGUCGAAGAAAGGCGUGGUCAAACAAGGCACAACCAAUUCCACAAAUGCAACCACCCAAAGAAGUUGAUGAAGAUCAAAGAUCAUCGUCAACUUCAUCAUCAUCUGCGUACACUACCCUUGUGGAUGAGAAUAACCGACUUAAGAGAGAAAAUAGGGUCUUAAGCUCUGAGCUUUCGACCAUGAAAAAGAAGUGCAAAGAGCUUCUUGACUCGGUGGCCAUGUACGCGAGUUUGGAGAAAGAAGAAGAAGAAGAUGAUGAGAGGCCAAAGCUAUUUGGUGUGAGGUUGGAGGUUGAAGGAGAGAGGGAGAUAAAGAGAAUGAGGGCAAAGAUCAGCGAAACUGCUAAUAUUUUGUUAUCACAAACAUGCAAAUAAAUAAAGAAAAUGCUAUACAUAGAUGGAUUUUUUGCUGGAUUUUCUUACCACUAGAUGUAAAGGUAUGGGUCUCACAGGUGUGUUUAUUAUAAUAUGGAUCCUACUAUCUUUGCGGUUAGUAAUAAGAAAAUCAAGUAACAAAUCUGUUUAUGUAAAAAUAUUAUUCGAUAAAUAACUACGCAUGUAGGAAAUUAAACAAGU